UUUUUAGGAUAGCCUUUAUCCUUCUCCUUCUCCACGGACACACACACUCUGUUCUGUUCUGUUCUCUUUAAGUUCAAACUAUAUAUAUAUAUAUAUAUAUAUAUAUCUCAGUUGUUGUUGUUGUUGUUGUUGUUCCUUGAGUUCAGAGUGGCCUUUCUUUCUAAGAAAUUUCUCACUGCUCUCUCUCCCAUAUCUAUUUCUCCGUAUUCAUUUGUUCUUUUUCUCCUUUUUCUUUUAUAUUAUUAUAUAUUAUUAUAAUAUAUUAUUAUUUCGAAGAAACCUGAAACCCUUAAUUAAAGUAUGACUCUCACAAUAUCUUCCUGAUUGUUUCCCAAUCUAACAUUUCCUUCGCGAAUGAAGCUCAAGCGCAUCACCAUGGUUUCCAAACCUCUUUCGCCGGCGCCGGCGCAAUGUCCGAGAAUGCUAAGAAUAUCGUGCGACGAUUACGAAGCCACCGACUCUUCCAGCGACGACGACGACGAUGAACCUUGCCGUCGCGUCAAGAGAUACGUUCAAGAGAUCCGGUUUGAGACGGCGAAACCCGCAGGAAAACAACAGCAGCAGCAGCUGAAUAAUAAUAAUAAGAAGAAGAAGAAGAAGAAGAAGCCAACCCCGUCUCCGGCGUUGGCUAGUGACACAACGACGACGAGGUUCCGUGGUGUCCGACGACGUCCAUGGGGGAAAUACGCCGCGGAGAUACGAGAUCCAUGGCGGCGAGUUCGUGUUUGGCUUGGGACUUUCAACACCGCCGAAGAAGCCGCCAUGGUUUACGAUUCCGCCGCCAUCCAGCUCCGUGGCCCUGACGCCACCACCAACUUCUCUCACCCUCCUCCUCCGUUGCCAUCACCGUCACCAUCACCAUCACCAUCACCGCCGACUGUUAACGCGACGUCGACCUCCGGCGGGUACGAGUCCGGGGAUGAGUCACAUGCGGUGUUGUCUUCGCCGACGUCCGUGCUCCGGCCGUUCUCGGGUGAUCAAGGUGAAUCGGAGAAGAAGGAGAGUGGCGGUAAUGUUACCGGGGCAGCGGUGAGAAUACCGGAGGAGGAGUUGGGUGAGUUUAUGUUGCCGUUUGAGGAGGUGCCGCUUUACAGUGAUUUCCUCGGCUUCGGUGAAGCCGAGCCGAUGAUGAUCUUCGACGACUCGGCUCAGAUCGGCUUCAUCUCCGCCGCCGAUGAUUUAAUGAGAGAUCUCGGCGACUCGUCUUUGCCCACGUGGCAAGGUGACGAUUUUUUCAAAGACAUCGCCGAUCUUUUCCCCAUCGAACCCUUGCCUGCGAUUUGAAAGAAAGAAAGAAUCUUUUUUCCGUUUCCUUUCCCGUUUCCACCGAGGAUUCCCCCGCCGCGCGCCGAUUUAAUCGGCCGGUUUUGUAGCGGCAACCAAACACCGGCUCUUUUUAUUUUAUUUUAUUUUAAUUAUUUUGUUUUUUUUUUCCACUAAAAUUAGUUUUUUUUUUUCCUUUAAGUAAUAUAAAAUGUUUUGUUUUAGUUAUUUAUGGUACCAAACUUAUUACAUAUGGCUUGAUAUUCCCACCCUGAU